GAACGAUGGUGGCCGGAAUCAAGCGAGACUGUCAGCCUGGGAGAGGAGGCUCUUUGAACAGCCACGCCGCCGAGAUGAACCCUCUUGCAGCCAUGUCUCGUGGGCAUUCUUGUCUGGAAUGCGUGGUUCUCGUUGCUAGAGUGCAACGGGUAGAUGGUUUUAAUGGAAGACCCCCUCUCGAACCUGUCUGUUGGUGCUACUCUUUCCUUGAAAGUGUUUUUUCAGGUGUCACAAAAACCGUCAGGGACGCGCCAUAUUUGAUUUCUUGGCGUCCACCAGAGAUCAACUUCGAAAUUGCUUAUCAGAGCCGCGGCCGUUGAUUGACAUCAUGCGGACAACCUUGGUGGCUCUUCUUGUCAGGGUGACAACGAUCUUCGCCCAACAGCUAACUUUACCCGAUGUUCCGGGCCUUUCACUCGACGAUAACCCUCCAUGCGCUCUGCCUUGCCUCUUGACAGGCCUCAACCAAACGAACUGCCCCACGAAUGACCAAACAUGUCUGUGUCAGGACGACGACUUCAUCAAAUUUGUGGAAGGAUGUGUUGUUAUGAGCUGUCCGCUCAAGUACGCCAUCAUCACGCAAAACAUCACAUGGACCGCAUGCGACUUCCCUCUGCACAACGAGGUACCAGCGACGAAAGUAGUUCGGAUCGUUCUGUUUGCGAUGCUUCCAACACUCGCCAUAAUCCUUCGGCUAAUAACGAAGUUUGCUCGGUUAUCACCAUGGGGUUGGGAUGACUACACUAUUAUUGUGGCAUACAUUAUACUUGUGGCGUAUGUGUCAUUGCACGUCUUUCUCGAGGAUAACGGUGCCGGGAGAGAUCUAUGGACUCUCAGUGACACAGAAAUCACCCAUUUCUUCAAGGGCUUCUAUGCACUACAAACAUUAUAUCAUUCCUGCAUCGACAUCAUCAAGGCAUCGAUUCUCUUCAUGUACCUUCGAAUUUUUCAUCUGCCUGGUGAAAAGAUCACCAUUGCGUUGUGGGUCACGCAGGUCCUCAACCUCAUGAACGGCAUCAUCUUCAUCUUCGUUGGCCUGUUCCAGUGCAAUCCCGUGAGUCUUGCAUGGACGUUCUGGACAGGGGAUGCGACUGGAAAGUGUUUAAACAUUGUGUAUCUCGCGCUGGCACACGCAGGGAUCAACAUUGCGCUGGACGUUUGGAUGCUCAUUCUACCCCUGACACAAGUUUGGGGCAUGAAUCUGGCUCGCCGCAAGAAGUUUGCGAUCAUGUUCAUGUUCAGUCUCGGUCUGUUUCUCACAGUUGUAAGCUGCAUCCGAAUCAAGGCAAUCUUGGAUUUUAGAAAAGAUCCGCUCAACCCUACCGUGGCCAUGAUGCCGAGCGUCAUUUGGACGGACCUUGAGCUUUACGUUGGAAUUUUCACAGCUUGCAUACCGACUCUUCGUCAAUUCUUUGUUCGGUUCAUCCUUCGACAGUCAGAAAAGAAGAAGCGCUUGAGUUCGGCUGCGGCUGAGUAUAGAGGCUCAAUGCUCACGCCCAAGAAGGGCGGGUCACAGCAAAUGAGCGAGCUCGACACCAUAGAUGAGAGCAGCCACCAUAAUUCUCCAUAAAAUCAUAAUAAGAGAGUGAGAUUGUAGGACUUACCCCGUCCGUAGGUAUAAUAAUAAAGUGCAUGCUCAAUGUUGGCAUAUGUAGAUAUCAAAUAUUCAAGGUUACUACUCACAGUUGAAGAAGCUGAGCCGCCUUUUCCUGUCUGGUGGCUAUCUUAGUCCUGUGGAGUGUUCCUUCGUGGAAUCUGAUCACCUUGAUUGACCAUAACCUGAAUCUUGUCUCUUAUAUAUUGUCGCCGCAUGAGUAUUUUUCGAAGGAUAGAAAAAGUGAAAGAAAAAG